AUGUUUCCAGCGCUAGCAGGGAUUUCUCUUGGUGUACUGAAUAGUUUCAAUGUGACAGUGGAAUUCCAAGGAUUAGAAGUUCUUAUCGCACUUGGAUAUGUGUGCACGGCAAUCCUCUUUGUUUUUGAAAACCGCUUCUAUACAAUAUGCGCUCAGAAUUGUGAAAUUUGGAAGUGGUUCAGACAUGUUUGGUUAGCGGGACACUACAUUGUAGUGGCAAUAUUGUAUUCAGGAUUCUUGUUUUUUAUUCCGGAUCAAACCAAUCUUCCCGAAAACGUGUUUCGAAGGCUACCAUGCUUGCUUCGUAACCUUUACGAAGCUCCAAUAUUAGUGAUAGCAGAAGACUAUACCUAUCAUGUUAUAUUCCCUUCGGUUGUAUCCGUGGCUAUCAGCCGUUCAUCUCGAACCAACAAAAAAUAUACUAAAUCUUACCUUAAAAUACUUGUACUUGGAGAUAUAACAGCAAUUGUGCUCCAUAAUUGA